AUGGGCAAAGCAGAAGAAGCGGGCUUCUCCCUGGUACCGUACGACGAGAAGGCGUCAACCGUGCGGGACUGGCAAUACGGAGAAGUCGAGGGGGACCGUGAUACGCGUCUACUCCCGUGGGCCAAGAUUAUCAUCUCGCCGUCUUUGCGAGACCCGAAUCGCCAGUUCAACCCGCUCACGGUCUUCAACUUCGAGGCGAGGGUCGAGCCUGCUUUUAUGCCCAUGCGGAUCGAGGCGCGCAUCGUUGGUGUCGCCAGGGCCCGCUCCUCGAACCACUCGCGGAAACACCAAUUCCUCUCCGUCUCGUCGCCUCCCGCAACGCUCGACAGUCCCGACUCCUGCAUCGCCCACUUCCAGGUCCAGCUCUCGCCGUCCUGUACCUGUGACUGCAAGCCUCCGCCUCUGCCGACUCUCGACAAGCCCGAGUUGGUUGCGCGCGAUCCGGACGGGAACAGGCUCAAGCGUACCGAUUCCGACUCGGAAGACUCGGACGACGAGUCGAUCAGCUCGGAUUGCUCGAUGUGCGGCCGUGAACAGGGCGACGGGUGUGCGCAUCUCGCGCUUCGACUGCCUCCGACGUUCGAGUCGGAAACGGAAGGGUACAGCGUGACCUACACGCUCGAGAUUGUGGGAGAGCUGGGCAAGCCUAGCAAGGGCAAAGGGAAGGGCAAGGCGCUGUUCGGAUUCGGAGGCGACAACUUCAAGGUCCUGAAGGAGUACCGAUUCGAGAUUCCGCUCAGGGUGAAGAUUUUACCGCUGCCUCGCCCUACGGAGACGUCCGCGCAGCUGUUCAGGGAGAACGCCGAGUUUUUCUACAGGGCCGCCACCGGUGCUGUACAAUCCAAGUACAUCGACCCACCGGCACACGCUCUAGGCGACCUACAACCUCGACGACUCUCGCUGCACUACGAGAUCGCGACCAAGUGGCCGGUCAAGCGCCAACCGUCCGAACAGGUCUACAUCGGCAGCCAACGCUUCGACCGAGCCGAGAUUGACGGUCCCCGCCCCUGCAUACACUGGUGGAUCGACGUCAACUUUGGCAAGCACAGCGUCGAAGUCGGCAACGAGCUGCUCGAGAAGUUGCGGGCGACCCCGACGUCCGUCUCGCUCGAGGUCAAGCGGGUCAUGACUGCUCGCUCGACGCAUACCGGUCUCGCGGUCGACAAGCCCGACGAAUGGCCGAUGGAGCUAUCGGACGCGCCGGGCUACCUCGAUUUGCGGGAGGGAAAUGCGAGGCUGGCGGAAGAGGGAGACGGGCAAGUGCGGCUUUGGCUGCACUUUGAGGGCGAGACAAAGGUGUCGCCGAGCUGGGUUGGCGAUCCUACGAGUGCGCCCGUCUUGCGGACCUGCAUCUUUGACGUCCACUACGACCUCCACGCCACCUUCCACCUCGGAGCGCUCGAUGACCCGUUGCACAUCAAGUGCCAAGACGUCCGCCUCGACUUGCCCGCCUCGCUUAAAGACCUGAUCCGGCUCGCGAAGAAGACGCCUGCUGCGACAGACGCCGACCAGCUUCCCGAAGGCGGCGGGACGCUUGCACCGAUGCCUCGAACACCGGCGAAACUGUCGAAGGAGAAGAAGGGCGCCGUGGAGACGACGAACUCGCCCGUCGCUUAUCGUGCUCGCGAGUCGGGCCUGCCCGACUUCUCCUCCGCCGGUCCUUCGGGCACGUCGACGUCCGCGGCGCCAUUGACGACUCGCAUGGCAGAUCUUGAUGUCAACGGCGACGAUCCGCCUGCGUACGACCAAGUCAUAGCUGCGCCUGGAGUUGUCGACCACCUCCCUCCGUCCGCUUCGACGUCCUCCGCUCCCGCCUACACAGCGUCUUCGACCUCCUCGACAGCAUUGGUAUCUCAGCGAGGCGGCAGCCGGGUUCUGAGGCGCCUCUUCGGGCGACGAGCGUCGGAACAAGCGGAUCGCGCGGAACAGCCGACGCAGGGAGUGUCUUCGGGAGCAGGGCAGGAACAACCGCCGAGCUGGCUCGAUGCGGUGACGGAGAAGAAGGCGUAG